UGCGGGCCGCGGGCGCUGAGCGAGCGUGUGCGGGCAAAGCGCCCGGGGCCGCUGCCGCCGCUGCUGCUGCCGCCGUUCUCCUCCUCCUCCUUCUCUUCCCUCAGCCGCCGCCGCCAUUUUGUGCGAGUGCCUCGCGCGGGCGCCAUGUUUGUAAGGAAGAAUUAGGGCCGCCAUCUCCGGCCAGCAGCACCUCCCUCCCCCGUGUGUGUGUCCUCCCGCUCUCCUGUGCCCCGGGGCUGCCGCUCGAGCCGCCGCCGCCGCCACCGCCUCCCCGCAGCGCCCGCGCGGGGCGGCCGGGCCCGGGCGCUGAGUGCCCGUUAGUGUCUCACUAAGUAACCGUGAGUGCAAACCUUCAUCAUCUCUCCUCACUGAGGGGCCCGGCCCUCCUCCUCCUCCUCACCGAGCCGCCCCCAGCGCGGCCGUGCGCGCCGCCGCCGCCGCCGCCUCCUCCCGCCGCUCCGCACCGCGGGCAGCGGCGGGGCCCUGCCUUCCUCCACCUCCCUCCUCCUCCUCCUCCUCACCACACCACAGCCAGGCACAAUGGCCUUUGAAAGCCUGUUCUCCAAACCCCCAAACCCAGUUCUUGACCCAAACAUGCCCGACUCUGACAGGCAACAUGCAGGGGACGAAAGGGAAGAUGGAGAGCUGGAAGAUGGGGAAAUAGAUGAUGCAGCUUAUGAGGAUGUGAAAGAACAUGGCUCAAAAGGGGAUGAUAAACAGAAAAAUGAGAAAGGCCACCGGAAAUCCCGUAAAAAACGCAAAAAAGAGAAGGAAAAGAAAAAAUCCAAAAGGAGAAGACGGGACAAGCAUAAGCAUAACUCCCCUUCCAGUGAUGACAGCUCCGACUACAGCCACGACUCCGACAUGGAGCGCACGGAAAGGCCCCACAAAAAAAGCAGCAGCUCUUCCUACAGGGAUUAUGAUUCCUCCUUCAGUCAGCAUGGACAUGUGUCAGGGAAUUACAUGAGUUCCCAGAAAAUGCAGCAUAAAAAAAAUGUCAAAAGUAAGGAAUAUGACAACUACAGUCAUUACAGUGAUGAAAACUUUGGCAAUUACAACGAGGAGGAAAAGGAUGAGGAUUUUGCUGACCAGCUCAAACAGUACAGACAAGCUAAAGAGACUUCCAGUGGGGAUUUGGGACCUCCAUUCCCAAAGGAACCAGUGAAGAAACAGGGCAUGAAAGGGAUCCAGAAAGGCAUUUCCCAACGAGGGAACAACUACAACGUUGGAAGAGGGCGUGGAAUGCAAAAGAAACUGAAGCGCAAAGAUCGCGGCAGGGGCAGAGGCGGCAAUAAAGGAUCCGAUGGCUUCCAUGAGGAUGGCAAACCAGUGAAGAAAUGGGUUAAUAUGAGCCAGGAGUUCAUCAACCAGCACACAGUGGAGCACAAGGGCAAACAGAUCUGUAAAUACUUCCUCGAAGGGAGGUGCAUUAAGGGAGAACAGUGUAAAUUUGAUCAUGAUGCAGAGAUUGAAAAGAAAAAGGAAAUCUGUAAGUUUUACAUCCAGGGUUACUGCACCAAAGGAGAGAACUGCAUUUAUUUGCACAAUGAAUUCCCCUGCAAGUUCUACCACACAGGAGCAAAGUGUUAUCAAGGAGAUAAAUGCAAAUUCUCUCACGCGCCCCUGACUGCAGAAACCAAGGAGCUGUUGGAUAAGGUUUUGAAUAAUGAGGAGGAACCUCAGAAUGAAGAUGAGAAGGAGCUGGAGGAACUCCGGAAGCGGGGCAUUGUUCCCCUUCCCAAACCCCCGCCGGGGGUCGGACUCCUGCCAACCCCCCCGGAGCAAUAUCCCUUCUCCGAGUCUGACAUGGAAAAUUACCAAGAUCCUUCAGGAGAUUAUAAGAAAAUCCCAUCUCUUUUUGAAAUCGUUGUGAAGCCCACUGUGGAUCUGGCACACAAAAUUGGGAAGAAGCCACCAGCCUUCUACAACAGCGCAUCACCACCGCGGCCGCCAUUCCAGGGCAACGACCCCCAUUCCCAGCACAUGUACAAUCCAGGCUCGAGUCCAGGGCCAGGUCCUGGCAUGUCCCAGGGACACAACGGGCCCCCGAUGCACCCCGGUUCUCCUGGGCACCAUCCCUGCGGAGGCCCCCAAGGGCCGGGAAUGCCGCAGAGCCCCCCCAUGCAGGGUGUUCCUCCAGGGUACAUGGGCCCGCAGAACCAGUCUGGAAUGCCCAUGCAGGGGCAGCAGGGUGGGCCACCCCUCACCCCGCCGGGGAUGGGAGGAUCCUACAAUUCCCCUGGAGUGCAGGGACACAUGGUGAACAUGCCAAGGGACAAUCACUGCCCCCCGGGGCCACAGUACCAGCAGAUGCCUGGCGAGUACGAGCCCAUGCAGAACCCGGCUGACUUCUAUGACAACUAUUAUUCCCACCAAGCUGUACACAACUUCCAGCCAGCCAAUAAUUCUGGAGAUGGAGCAUGGCACGGAGAAUUUACAGAUCACCAGGCUCACCUCAUGGCUCCGGAGUCACAUCCGGGUGGGAGCGAGUCGGACUGCAUGGGUGGCCACAUGGGCCACAACCAGGGCAUCAACGUGCCCGACUUCCUGCCGGCCAUGCAGAAGGCCCUGUAUGCGAGGCUCAGCCAGAAGCACCAGCGGGAUGGAGACUCUGCCAGCAGCCAGGGCCAGAGGGCCAUGAGCAAAGAUGAAGAUGAGAAUGUCAACUGGUAUUCCAGCAGUGAGGAGGAAGAGGGGAGCAGUGUUAAAUCAAUCCUCAAAACCUUAAAGAAACAAAGCGAAAACUUUAGGAAUCGGCAACAACAUUCCACGGAGCAGCACAUGCUUGGGAUGCCAACGGAUCCCAGGCUGGCAAAAGACAAAGGUGUGGGGCCUCAGGCUGCUGACCCGAGACUCCGGGCGUCUCCAAGGCCCAAUCCCAGGAAGCCCUCGGAGUCAGCGUCCCUGGAUCCCCGGCUGGCCCGCGAUCCGCGGAUGCACAAGGUCAGCGAGGGCGGCCAUCCCGGCCCCUCCCUGGCCGGGGCCAAGCUGGAUUUGCACCACGCCCACGCCGGAGUGAAGGUCAAGCAGAAAGGGCUGGAUGAUGACGAGGAGGACUCGGAGAGGGAGCUGAGGGAACGAGCUUUCCUCAUUCCCUUGGAACCUCUGCCGGGCGUCACGUUACGGGAUCCCCGCUCCCAGCUGCGGCAGUUCAGCCACAUUAAGAUGGAUGUGACCCUGAUGAAACCCAACUUUGCCAAGCACAUUGUGUGGGCCCCCGAGGACUUGCUCCCAAUCCCUCUGCCUAAACCUGACCCUGUCUCUUCCAUCAAUUUACCUCUCCCUCCACUCAUUGCUGACCAGAGACUGAAUAAACUGCGGAAUUUGAAGAACGAUCCACACCCCAAUGCGAUGCCAGCUGAUCCCCGGCUCGCUGCCAAGGCCAAAAACAGCCUUGUGGGCCGGGGCGGCUACUUGGAUCCAUCCACAGAUUCCCAUGCCAGUAGCUCCAGCAAACUGGGGGAUCCUCGCUUGCAAAAGAACGUUGAUCCCAGACUCCACAGACUGUCAAGUGCAGACACUCACCACGGAGUCGGGAAGGAUUCCCACCCUCCCAAGUUUGACCCCCGGCUUGCCAGAGCUGCUGCCAGCUCAUCCCAGCCCUCAGAAGCCACGACUCCAAAAUCCGACCCCGAUGCUCUGCCUCCCUAUGCGCCCAAAUUAUCAUCCAGUGGUGUUAGGCUGGGAACUCCCGGCUCCAUCCUGAGUGGGAUCAGUUUGUACGAUCCCAGGGAUCACAGCUCAUCCUCGGACACGGCUCCAGCCAGUUCGGGAGAGAAUGGAGAGAACCAGAAAAAAAGCAUUUUGAAAAAUUCCAGUAAAAAUGAGCCGAGUCUCACGGAAGAUGCGUCCCAGCAGAAGGCUGCCUCCAACACGGAAAAACCCACGGAAGGAUCAGCAGAAGCUGCUUCAGACAAGGCAAACAGCACCAGUAAAUCUCAGGCUAAACACUCCAGCGCUGCCCCUGCCGUCCAUAAUCUCCCAAUCCAGGCUCUGUCGGGGUUAAUCCGGCCACAGUACAGCGACCCCAGGCAGGUGAGGCAGCCCGGACAGGUAACGCAGGCCCCGGAGAGCGAUCCCAACGGGGAGUCGGAUGAUAAAUCCUUAAAAGAUGUUUUCAAGACUUUCGAUCCAACUGCUUCCCCGUUUUGUUAGCAGACGGCUUUGGAGUCUUUUUACCGUUGUGGGUAUUGCAGUUCUCUGCUGUUUUGUACCUGGGUUACCUCUUUUGGCUUUAUUUAUUUUUAAAUUAUAAUUCCCACCACUUUUCAGCUGCUAAUCUCCGAACCACACGCAGUUCUCCAGUACGCUCGAGUGUUUGCAAAGCUGUGGUAUUUUCUAGAGAAUCCUUUUUCUUUCCAAUUUCAGGGAGACUAAUAAUUGACCUGUAGAAAGGAAACCAAUCCCCCCGGAUCGUGUUAGAGCUGAGAAAAGCACUUUCAUUGUAAAUAAGUCAUGGAAAAUUCCCAGAGCUGUAUAUGUGUGAGCUGCCUCUUUCCCAACCACCACUUAGAUCCGAUUGCCACAUUUGUAUAGAUCCAAGCAAUAUUAUGUACGUGAAUUCCCGGGAGAGAUGCCGUUCCAGGACUGCCAAACCCCUGAACUGAUGGAAAACCUCACGGAAAUGAUUUCAAAGGAAAGCGUCGCUCCUCCUUUUCCAAUGAGUUGAUGUAAGACACGGACAGUUUUUAUUCCUGCAGUCAAUAUUAGUGUAAAAGAGACUAUAUCACAUAUUGAGGAUGAAAAAUGUCAUAUCUUUUAAAAGUAUUUUAUUCUAUGCUGUACAUAGAAGAAAUUGUGAAGUACAUAACUAGCAAAAGUAACUGUUCGAAGUGGAGAAAACUACAUUGUCUAAUACGAAAAGAAAAGGUUUUUAUUUAAUUUUUUUCCACGCCUACACGAUUGGGAUUUAGUGCUCCGAGUUCCAUUGUGGUGUUCAUGUAUUUCAAUGUAUUUUUGUAUUCAGCUGCUUAAUUUGUAUUGCUUUUUUUGUAUGGCUGUAACUGCAGUACUUGUAUUCAUGGUGUCUCGACGACAUUUUUAACAAAACAAUUAAAAAGGGUACAGUUAA